AUGUAUAUGAUGCCAACAUUUGCUUUUGCUCCACUGGAGAAGUUUAUCACAGAGGAUUACAGAACAACACCUGAAAUUCUGCAAAGAGUACAAGAAAUCCUAACAAGAUUUAAGGGAACCCACAAAUUUCAUAACUUCACAUCAGGAGUGAAAUAUGAACAAGCAUGUGCUUCAAGAUACAUCAUUAAAUUUGAGUGUUCAGAACCAUAUGUCAGAGAUGGCCUUGAGUUUGUCACAUUGCGUGUCAAAGGUCAAAGUUUUAUGUUACAUCACAUUCGUAAGAUGAUAGGCUUAACAAUUGCAAUACUUCGGGGAUACUGUGGAGAGUCUGUUAUUGAUUCAAGCUGGGGCCCUGAAAAAGUUGAUAUACCAAAAGCACCAGGACUUGGUUUGGUGCUGGAACAACUUCACUUUAAUGGAUAUAACCAAAAGUUUGGUAGUGAUGGAGUACAUGAACUUAUUGAUUGGUCCAGCUAUGAGGAUGUUGUGGAGAAGUUUAAAGAAGAACAGAUAAUUGCAUCUAUAGUUGAGAAGGAAAAAUCUGAAAAAGUAAUGUUUAACUGGUUAAGAACAUUACAAUUUCAUAAUUUUGAUAUGCCAAGGCUUGAAAGUCCAGAGAAACCAUGGGCACAUAUAACCAAAAACAGUAAAGCUGGAAAUUCGAGCCCGGUCAAAACAUCACCUUCACCAAUCUGCCAUGUGGAUUCAGAAGCCAAAACUGAAGUUAGUCCAUCUGAAACUGCUGGAAUAAAUGAGUCUGAAGUGACAGAUGCAGCAGCCACUGAUGAUGUCCAAAAAGAAGUUUUAGGAAGUUUUAUCCCAGAUACUGUAUCAGAAACACUUGAAGAGAGGAGAGUUGUUUCUGAAAAACUUUGAUGAAGCUGAGCCAUAGUUACUGGAUCUAUUAAUAUU